AUGCCAUUACAUCUUGAAGCCUUAAAUUCCACUAUCGCCCAGUUCUUGAUGGAGGUCCAUGUUGUAUCCAAAGCAGACAAUCAGAAGCAUGCAGUUGCAGCGCUAGAUACCCUCCAUGACGAGAGCCACAGUCUUGCCUCAUCUAGUGUUCGCGUCUGGCCACUGCUGAUUGCUCUCACCUCGAAUAACCUCAGUUAUGCCCGUGGCGGCGAUCUCCUGCAUUGGUGGGAUACGUACCCCGUCCCUGCAGCGCUCUCCGCGCCAUACAACGACCAGAAAUCCUGGGGCAUCGUCCCUGCAUGGGGCUUUGGAGUUGUAACAGAAUCAUCAACGGACAUUUCCCGGGGAACUCUCUUAUGGGGAUUCUGGCCGACCGCAAACAUCCCCGUCUCGCUGCAACUCCAGCCCUCCAAGCCGAAGGGCUACUGGGCCGAGACCAGCGAGUCCCGUCAGCGUCUCAUGACCAUUUAUAACAUUUACUCGGAGGAAGGCCGGAUUGACCUUCCCGAAACUAUGCCGACGACUAGCAUCGCGUCACUCCUCGGUGAAGACACCCUCAAUCGCCUGGCGUGGACCACCCUCUUCCGUCCAAUUUGGCAGACGGGAUACCUCCUCAGCCGCCACACCUUCACAUCGAGCCCGGCAUCUCUCUUGCCAGUUCAUCCGCUGGGUAUAGAUCGCCCCUGGACAGCGACGGACGCGGACAUCUCUGCUGCCGUGGUGAUCAGUCUCUCCGCGUCGAGCAAGACAGCCCGGUCAUUUGCAUACCACAUGUUCCGUCGGUCUUCAGCAGAGGAGCGACCCUUGGGUUUUCUGCAGGUCUCGCAGACGCCGGAACUGUUGGAGGCAGUGCCAGAGAAGCUAGUUACCGAUGUCCCUGCCAAGGCCGUGAAGUACGAGCAGGUGGGCGAGGCGAUGGAAUGGAUUGGCGGAUUGAAGCCGGCGAGGAUUGUGCUUGUAGAUUUUGGCGCACGCGCCGGGACGCUCGUGCGGUUUGUCGACGCGAUUGAAGGACAUUCGAAUUUUGGAGGUGCCAAGACGACUAUUGUAAAUGUUGGUUCGGAACAGAAGGUCUACUCCACCGAUGAUAUCAAAGAAAACCGCGCCUCUAUGCAAACGAUGGGUAAGAUCCAGUUUAACACCUCCGCAGUUCGUGAUACAGCCAUCAGGCAGACCAGUGCGGACGAUUAUUACGCCCAUGUCCAGCCUGUGUGGGACGACUGGCUGCGAGUUAGCCACGAUAUCAUGCCUGAUAUUCGGGUUACGUUAGGAUGGGGAGUCUCCGGCGAAGAGGGCAUUGAGAGAGGAUGGAGCCGGCUGUGUCAGGGAUCAGUGGACACUCAGGAAGGAUUGGUGUAUACCAUGUAG